AUGGGCGACCAAGCUAUUCCCGAGUUCUCAACCUCACUCGUACUUACCGCUUUCAACGAGCCUCUCAAGCUCGAGAAGACUCCGCUUCCCAAAACAGUCCCUCCUGGCUCAGUCUUUGUUCGUGUACUCAGCACUCCCGUACGCCCUCACCAACGCGAGGGUUUCAGAGGCAACAGUCCUCUUUCCUUCAAGCCACCAUAUAACCCUGGAGACGGUGGUGUUGGGCGCAUCGUAUCCGUAGGGCCUGAUGCUGUCGCUCUCAAACCUGGUCAGCUUGUCUACAUGAACAACUUCAUCACGGCAAGAGAUGAUCCUAACACCCGAGUCCUGCUCGGUCUUCAUGAUGGUGGUGGCCCUGAAGCUGACUUGAAGCUGUUCAACCUCUGGAAGGGCUUCUGGAGAGAUGUCGCUGUUGUUGCCACGGAGAAUAUCAUUCCUCUGAAUGAAAAGAUUCUCAUCAAUGAGAUGGGUUACUCCUGUGGAGACCUGAGCUACAUACAGCGCCUCUCGGUCGCAUACGGCGGUAUCAGAGCCGCCAAUCUCCAAGCUGGCGAGACUGUUAUUGUUGCUCCAGCUACAGGUCACUUUUCGGGUGCUGUAGUUGAGUUGGCUGCCCAGAUCGGCUGUCGUGUGAUUGCACUUUCGCGGUCAGCAUCUAAACUGAAACCUCUCACUUCUCGUUACCAUCGUGUUACUGCUGUUGAGCUCACUGGCGAUGAGAAGAAGGAUGCCGAGGCCAUUGGCGCACUUGUACCCGGAGGCGCUGAUGCUUACAUCGACGUUUCUCCGCCUGCAGCGACAGCUUCACAUCAUCACCUCAACAUCUCCAUCAACUCGCUUACGUCUUUCGGCCGUGUCGUCUUUCUAGGAAUGAUGUUCGAUAUCAAGAUCAACUAUGUUAGCCUCAUGGUUCGCAACAUCACGAUCAAAGCGCAGUUCAUGUAUACGCGCGAGGAGUUGGUAUCUUUGGUCAAGAUGAUUGAAACGGGAGUUAUCAAACUGGGCAAGGAAGCUGGGCAUGAGAUUGUAGAGAAGGGCUUCUCUAUGGAAGAAUGGGAAAAUGCGGUCACCGUUGCAGAGACGGCUUCGGCUUGGGGCCAGCAGGUCUUGCUCUACCCCUAG